AGACGGCCGAGCGGCGGGCACCGGGGCGGCCCGCAGCCAGGCGAGCGCCAUGAGCGGCAAGUGCGACGUGGUCGUGGUGGGGGGCGGCAUCUCAGGCAUGGCAGCAGCCAAACUUCUGCAUGAUUUUGGCCUGAACGUGGUUGUUCUGGAGGCCCGGGACCGAGUGGGAGGCAGGACUUACACCAUCAGGAACCAAAAGGUUAAAUAUUUGGACCUUGGAGGAUCUUAUGUUGGGCCAACUCAGAAUUGUAUCUUAAGGUUAGCCAAGGAGCUAGGAUUGGAGACCUACAAAGUGAAUGAAGUAGAGCGUCUCAUCCAUCAUGUAAAGGGCAAAUCGUACCCCUUCAGGGGCCCCUUCCCACCUGUAUGGAACCCAAUUGCAUACCUAGAUCAUAACAACCUCUGGAGGACGAUGGACGACAUGGGGCGAGAGAUUCCCAGUGAUGCCCCAUGGAAGGCACCUCUUGCGGAGGAGUGGGACCACAUGACAAUGAAGGAGCUUCUGGACAAGAUCUGCUGGACAGAAUCUGCCAAGCAACUUGCUACUCUCUUUGUGAAUCUGUGUGUCACUGCAGAGACCCAUGAGGUCUCUGCUCUCUGGUUCCUGUGGUAUGUGAAGCAGUGUGGAGGCACGACCAGGAUCAUCUCAACAACCAAUGGAGGGCAGGAGAGAAAAUUUGUGGGCGGAUCUGGUCAAGUGAGUGAACGGAUAAUGGACCUCCUUGGAGACCAAGUGAAGCUGGAGAGGCCUGUGACCCACAUUGACCAGACAGGAGAAAAUGUCCUUGUGGAGACCCUAAACCAUGAGGUGUAUGAGGCUAAGUAUGUGAUUAGUGCCAUUCCUCCUACUCUGGGCAUGAAGAUUCAUUUCAACCCCCCUCUGCCAAUGAUGAGAAACCAGCUGAUCACUCGUGUGCCUUUGGGCUCAGUCAUCAAGUGCAUAGUUUAUUAUAAAGAGCCCUUCUGGAGGAAAAAGGAUUACUGUGGAACCAUGAUUAUCGAAGGAGAGGAAGCUCCAAUUGCUUACACGUUGGAUGAUACCAAACCUGAUGGCAACUAUGCCGCCAUAAUGGGAUUUAUCCUUGCCCACAAAGCCAGAAAACUGGCACGUCUUACCAAAGAUGAAAGGAUGAAGAAACUUUGUGAGCUCUAUGCAAAAGUCCUGGGUUCCCAAGAAGCUUUGCAGCCCGUACACUACGAAGAGAAGAACUGGUGCGAGGAGCAGUACUCCGGGGGCUGCUACACCACCUACUUUCCCCCUGGGAUCAUGACUCAAUAUGGAAGGGUUCUACGACAGCCUGUGGGCAGGAUUUAUUUUGCAGGCACGGAGACUGCCACCCACUGGAGUGGCUACAUGGAGGGCGCUGUGGAGGCUGGAGAGAGAGCGGCCCGAGAGAUCCUGCAUGCCAUGGGGAAGAUCCCAGAGGAUGAAAUCUGGCAGUCAGAACCAGAAUCAGUGGAUGUCCCUGCGCAGCCCAUCACCACGACCUUCUUGGAGAGACAUUUGCCCUCUGUGCCAGGCCUGCUGAGGCUGAUCGGAUUGACCGCCAUCUUUUCUGCAACUGCUCUUGGCGUCCUGGCACACAAAAGGGGUCUGCUUGUGCGGGUCUAAAGAGAAAGCGUCUGUAACUACACCUUCUUCUUACUCUAUCUGGUGUGUGGGUUUGGGGAAGGAAUUGCAGUAAGGUUCCAAGAGGACAUCGCGACUGUAGAAUGAGGUGAGGAGCAUGAAGAUAAGUCAGACUUUCCACCACAGGAAACACAGUAUGUCCUUUGCUGCUUGGCCCCUGCAUAUUGUCCCUUACCUAGCUUUGCGCUCUGUCUUGCCCAUUUCCCAGAAUCUUUACCAUAGUUAAGCAAGCUCUCACUGUCCCACGACGCACCUUGCCCACGCACAAAAAAACUAGUUUUUUCCCCCACCUUUGUGGCUCUGUGCUUGUCCUUUCUCCUACAUGUAACAUCCUCUUUGUCCAAGUUCUCCCCACUUGUCCUUAGAAUCCUGUAUUGUGAUAGCUGGGCCUUGAAGAACAUCUAGUCUUCACCUUCUCUUGUAGUGUUGAUCAAGCCAAGGCCAGGAGAGGUGGAACUUAAUUGCCCAAGGUCCACAAUAAGACACUGAUAUUUGGAGGACUAGAACACAGGUCACAGGUCCAUUGCCUCUUCCGCCCCACAGGAUGUAUGCCUCAACCACCUUCUUCCACUCCCUGCCAUGGUCACCGAUGGUGUCCCUUUGUGUGGGUUUACUCUGCACUAGGUUGUUAUGUGCUACUCAGUGCUACUCAGUAUAUAUCUGUAAGUCUUAUUGUCCUGUGAAAUGUCAGCUGAAGCUGAUUUUAAUUUCUUUCAGGAUAGCAAUCUUGUCUUUUCUUCCUUUUGUAUCCUCCCAUUAUGUCUGGAUACAAAGGUCAUUCAUUACACACUAGCAAGUAAAAAUAAAGUGGAUUGACCAGA